AUGUCCAACAACAACAUUCAUUUGGAUGCCUUGUGUUACAUUGAUGGUGUCGAAUGGAGUGUUCGGCAUCCACUCGGAAGCCAAACGACCGCACCUGCUGAAAUAGAUGUAGAGUCUUUUUCAUCAUCGGCAAUGAGUCCAGAACAAGAGGCUUAUCGGCAAUUUCAGGCAAAGAUACUCCAACGACAAAUUGACCACAUGAUUGAAGAGGAAAUGAACAAGGAUGUAUCACCAGCAACCAAACAACAAGUAUCAUCAUCGGAAAGUAAUGUCGAGAAGAAGGAUGAAUUAUUGCAUCCACAGAUUGGUCCAAAUUAUGUUCCUUCAUUCACCCAUUCAAAAUUAGGCUUGGCUGAACAUUUCAAAAAGAUGAUGCAUCAAGAACAAUUUAUUCCCUUUUUGAACGAAGAAGAGAAGGAGCAAUAUUUGGAGAAUAUCAAAAGAAAUGAACCAUUGUACUAUUAUCAUACACUUGUAAAUAUGGAAUUAACCAAAGCAUUCGGAGAGGAUACACUACGAAAAACAAUCGAAACUUAUCAAAAACAAAUCAAAUUAUUGGAACGAGAAAAAUCAGCUCUAUUACAUGAAAUUGAAACUGUGAAUAAGAAACGAAAACGUGAACAAUUCGACAUUAAGCACGAAUUCGAUCGACUCUCGGAAAAGAACUCACAAACCUCUCAUUUGAUUUUCAAAUUGCAACGAGAAUGUUCUGAAUUAGCUGCUCUCAACAAGAAAAUCAAACAAGACAGACAACCAUCAUUGACACCACAAGCACACACUACCACUGCUGAUGAAUAA